UUUGUACUUUUACAACUAAUUUUGCAAACACCGCCUAAAAAAAUCAAUUAAACAAAAAAGAAGGAUACCAUAUUAAUUAAGAUAUAUGCCAUAUACAAACACACACAGUGACAAUACUAGAAAACAAAUCCAAUACUAGGAUACUAUUAUUAUUAUGAAUAAUAAUAAUAAUGCAAUAAUAUGUGAGAUUGUGUGGCGUAACAGCUAUAACAAACCCAACUUUAAAUAGAGAGUGGAUGUGAUAUAUUGAUGACUACUACUAACUUAGCCAUUAAUUAAUUAAAUGAUCAAAACACAACAAAAUUUAAAAAAAACCAAAAAUCCAUUAUUUAAGAGGGAUUAAUGAGGUUGAUUAUAGAGAUCUCACGAACCACCGUCGAGAUUCUGAUAUUGAUACUUAUACUAAUUUUGCGUAAGAAAAAUAGAUAGAGAGAGAAAAACAAAUGGGAUUUGCUAUGAAGUAUUCAAGAAUCUGUAGCAACCCUAAGAAGAUCACGGAAUAUCUGUGACCAAAACUUUUGUAGCUUUUUAUUUAUUUACUAUUAUUAUUAUUAUUAUUAUUAUUUUUUUUUUAUAAAUACCAACAGCUAGAUUGAUGUUUCACAUUCCAAAUUGUGUGUUUUUUUUAAAUUCUAUACCAACCCUUUUUGCCUUUCUCUCCCUUAUUGCUUUAUUUUUCAUUUUUUCUGGUACACACACACACACACACACACACACACACACACACACACACACACACACAUAUAUAUUAUAUUUGAGAAAAAUGGAUGGGGCAGUAGGUUUUGUUGAAGAACCCCAUGUGUUGGCAGUUGAUGACAAUUUGAUAGACCGAAUACUUGUUGAGAAAUUACUCAAGAAUUCAUCUUGCAAAGUGACAACUGCAGAGAAUGGGCAGAGGGCUUUGGAGUAUCUGGGCUUAGUAGAGAACAACCAGACAUCUUCAAAUGACAAUGCUUCAAAGGUGAAUAUGAUUAUCACAGAUUAUUGCAUGCCAGGAAUGACUGGAUAUGAGCUGCUUAAGAAGAUUAAGGAGUCGUCUGUUAUGAAGGAUGUGCCGGUUGUCAUAAUGUCGUCCGAGAACGUACCUACGCGAAUUAACAAGUGUUUGGAAGAGGGAGCAGAAAUGUUCAUGUUGAAGCCUCUCAAGUUUUCAGAUGUAAAGAAAUUGAGAUGUCAGUUUCUGUGCAGUUCUACAGUUAGAGCUUCAUAGGGGAUUCUUUAAAAAAUGGCUAUUAUUCAUUCCUUAUUAUUGCCUUAAUUUUUUGCUACAGCAAUUUAUAUGGAUUGCCUUUUUGUUU